AUGGCGUCCCCGGGUCCUCGCAAAAGAGUGAAGCCUAGCCCUCAAUCGCCUGAUAUAUCCUCCCCAAACAGCAAAGCCUCCUCUCGAAAAAGUCCAUGGUAUCCUAACGUCUGGCCCUCAAAAGCGGCCCCGGUUACCGAGGUUGCCCGUGAGAGCAUCUCGAUGGCUAAACACACCCCGUCCGACGCCGCGUCUGUAUCAACACUUCAGCUCGGUUCCCCAAAGCAACAACGGCACCCCUCCCUUCAACUUACAAAAAGAGCGGGCGGAUCGACAAGAUCACUGCCCGCAACCGCUACGACGACCCGCAUCAACAUUGCUUCUGACGGUUCCACAUUGGCCCCCGCAGAGGAGCUUCGGCCGGACCCUACUUCCCCAGAUACACCCUCGCAAGGGAAGGCUGCCGAUACCACUGAUAAAGAGGCAUCGAAGGAUACAAUUGCGAUAGAAACAGAUAACUCAGAGGUCUCUCAAAAGCAGUCGGAUCCAGGUGGAGCGCCUACGGACUCGGGCAAUCCAAACGCGGCUAUAACCCAGCCCAGUGGAUGGCUCUCAUGGGUAUACGCACCAUUCACAUACGAUAAGGUCCCAUCAAGUAACCCAGCAGAGCCAACGACGGACCAGCCGCCGGAACAACCCCCAGAACCUGAAACCUCUACAGCUGACCAACCAUUGAAACAAGACGACGACUCAGCGCCUCCAGAUCCAAGUCCAGAACAACAAGAUAAGUCUCCUGAGGUUGAGGAGAUUACAUCAACAUCGCAAAAGCGCUCCUGGCUUCAGAUGUGGUACGGGUCAUAUUCGUCCAAAGGGCCUGAAGAACCCAAGGAUGCAGCUCCUACCAAUGCAGAAGAACAGGUCUCUCCUGCUUCUUUCCCUCCAUCCGGUCCGGAAGAAGCCCCAGAACCUACAGAGACACAAGUCGGCACUGAUACCCCGAAAAGUACGGCUACCGGUAUCAAGCCAUCUGCAUGGUCUUUCUUCUUCGGGGACUCCGCGCAAGGAAGACCGGAGACCCAGGCAGCUGAGGCCACAAUAAUCCAAGAUUCGUCUCCAGAGCUGUCGAAUAGUGUAUCUGAUUCAACAGGCGGACAAAAGACAGAGGUCACUAAAAAAGGGAAAAUUAAAUCUCCUCCAAGCGGCCCAUCAGUACCUGAAGCUGCUAUGUCGAAGCCAGCAAAUGUCCCAGAAGCUCCGGCUCCAGCCGCUCCCGAAGCCUCUAAACAACUACAGAAGAUCAUUCCGAAUCAAGUCCUUCCCGCUUUUAAGGAUACAUUUGCGUUGCAGGACAGACCAACGCUGCUCCAAUCGCUUGGCCGAUUCCUCCACUAUAACAAAGAAUCCAGUAAUAAGCAUGUCUAUAAAAGUGCUUACCCCCCGCGCAUUAAGAAGGCACUCGCAAUAGGAAUUCAUGGUUACUUUCCUGCUCCGUUAAUACGAAGCGUUCUCGGUCAACCCACUGGCACAUCCGUCAGAUUUUCGACAAUGGCUGCCGAAGCUAUACGCAAAUAUACGGAAGACCAGGGCUAUACUUGCGAGAUUGAGAAAAUAGCCCUGGAAGGCGAGGGGCGGAUUGCGGACCGAGUUGACCUGCUCUGGAAAUUACUUCUCAACUGGAUGGAAGAAAUCCGAAGCGCGGAUUUUAUCCUGAUUGCGUGCCACAGUCAGGGUGUUCCGGUAGGGCUCAUGCUGGUCGCCAAGCUAAUCUCGUUUGGUUGCAUCAACGCGAACCGAGUUGGCGUCUGCGCGAUGGCUGGUGUGAACCUCGGGCCAUUUCCUGACUAUAGGUCUCGAUGGAUCAGUGGAUCUGCUGGGGAACUGUUCGAAUUCGCCUUGCCCUACAGUCAGGUCUCAAAAGACUACGAGUCAGCGUUACGAACAUGUAUAGAUUUUGGAGUACGGAUAUCUUAUAUUGGGAGUAUUGACGAUCAACUCGUCUCUCUAGAGUCCUCAUUGUUCUCUCCUGUGUCCCAUCCAUACAUCUACCGCGCAUCCUUCGUCGACGGCCGAGUCCACGCUCCAAGCUUCGUCUCCCACCUAGUCGGCUUCGCCCUUAAACUCCGCAACCUCGGUAUCUCAGACCACGGCCUAAUCCGUGAACUGAGCUCCCCGCUAGCAGGAAGCCUAUACACAGGUGAAGGUCACUCGCGGCUCUACGACGACGAAGCCGUCUACCGACUAGCCAUCGAAUUCGCCCUCGAAACGUCCCCCGUCUCCAACGCGCCUCUUCACAUCAAACGGGAGUUCCCACCGCCAGUCUCAAAUCCGUAUAUUCUCCCCUUCGCUAUGCGCGGGCUCCUAGAGGAGGAAUACGUAAGAAAUGAGCUGUACAAUGAGACUAUGGAGCUCCUGAAGCAGUUCGAUGACUGGAAGCCGACGAGCAAGGUUCUUAAGGAUGUUAAGUUCCGGUUAGAAGGCAUACGCUCUAAACUUUGA